GCACCAGCAUGGAUCAUGGAGCUUCGGGGAGCUACGGUAUUUUCAAAACUAGAUCUGCAGUCCGGAUACUGGCAGAUAAGAAUGGCGGACGAUUCCGUUCACAAAACUGCCUUCCGAACUCGGUACGGAUCGUACGAGUAUUUGGUCAUGCCGUUCGGACUCACCAAUGCACCUGCAAUAUUCUAAGCAGAGAUGAAUCAUAUCCUACGCCCACUCUUGGACAAAUGCAUGGUGGUAUACGUGGACGACAUUCUCAUCUACUCGCGCGACAUGAAGCAACACGUCGAGCACCUACGACGCGUCUUCGAAAUUCUUCGACGAGAAUGUUUCUACGUCAAACUAUCCAAGAGCGACUUCGCGCUCGAGAAGGUCCAAUUCCUCGGACAUAUCGUAAGCGCUCAAGGAGUUCACGUCGACCCCAAGAAAAUCGAAGCCGUGAAGGAAUCGCCACGGUACUCACGAUACAAGCACUCACGUCUGCACCAGUACUCAUCUUGCCAGACCCCGAACGCAACUACGCCAUCGAAGCUGACGCCAGCGACCAGGCAGUGGGAGCAGUCUUGAUGCAAGACCAAAGGAAUGGCCUGCAACUUAUUGCCUACCUCAGCAAAAAAUUACAUGGAGCAGAACUCAACUACCCAAUACACGACAAGGAGGCCCUUGCUAUCAUCAUCGCCUUCAAAACGUGGAGAUGUUAUCUCGAAGGACGCAAGACGACAGUCUACACCGACCAUUGCAGCCUAAAAUAUUUGAAAACGCAACCAAGCCUCUCCAGGCGGCAGGUCCGGUGGAUUGACUUCCUCGAGACACACUUCCACUACGACAUCGUGUACAAGCCUGGCCAUAAAAACAAAGCCGAUGCGCUUAGCCGGCCUGCACACGUUGCCGCUAUCCAAGUUGAAGGGAUGAAUCCAGUCCUCAAGGGACUCUUCACACACGGCAACAAGACGCUCACCGGUAUCGCCAAACACUACUACUGGCCCCACAUGGCAGAUGACGUACAUAAAUUCGUCACCUCGUGCACUACAUGUCAGCGGAUGAAGAGCAGCAAGCAGAAAAAGGCGGGUCCGCUACAACCUCUUCCUGUCCCAGAACAGCCAUGGCAAGCGGUAAGCCUAGACUUCAUCACCGGGCUACCAACUACCAUGAGCGGACAUGACGCGAUCCUCGUCGUCAUUGACAAGUUCUCCAAAAUGGGACACUUCAUCCCGACACACACCACAGCACGCACCGAGGAGACAGCACAACUCUUUGUUCACUACAUCAUCUCACAACAUGGCAUUCCAACCACACUCAUCUCCGACCGAGACCCUAAGUUCACCAAUAAAUUCUGGAAAGAACUGAUGUCUCUACUCGGAACCAAACUCGCCAUGUCAUCCGCAUACCAUCCACAGACAGAUGGACAGACCAAGCGCCUCAACCAAAUUGUGGAGCAACUCCUCCGCGCAGCCUGCAAGGACGACAUCUCCAAAUGGGACUUGCAUCUACCCGUCCUGGAGUUUGCCUACAACAAUGCUACUCAUGCCGCUACUGGACAGACGCUGCUCUUCCUUUGUUACGGACACCACCCACUCACACCUCAACAGCCAACCAUACCAGCCACAGUCCAACCCGCUCAUGAUUUCAUCACGACCAUGCACAAACUUUGGGAUCGGACCCACAAGCGCCUUCUCGACAUUCAUCAACAACAGAAGCGCCAAGCCGAUCGCCACCGCACAGACCACACCAUCAGCGUGGGAGACCGAGUACUACUCGACACACACAAUCUUGACAUCAGCCAUCUCCCAUCCAAAUUGCGACCUCGCUUUUGCGGGCCUUUUCUCGUUGAAGCACAGGUCACUCCUGUUACCUUCCGCUUACGCCUGCCAGCUACCUGGAAGAUUCACAACGCCUUCCAUGUCCAACUCUUGAAGCCCUACCGAGAUCCCAACACGGUCUUCUCUGGACGCCAACCGCCGCCGCCGCCGCCCGUCCUCAUCCAUGAUGAACCCGAGUACGAGGUCGAAUCCCUACCCAACUGGGACGAUACUGGAGAUAUCCCAGUGGAGACACUCGCACGAUUCGAGAAGGACGUGAAGCGGACCGACACAGGGUUCCUGGCAAUAGCAACAGAGGUGGAGAAUGACGGAGAGAAAGCCUCGGAAACUCCAGAAAAAAUCAAGGAAUUACUGAAGGAGUUCCAAGACAUUCUUCCUGACGAUCUUCCGAACGAGCUACCGCCAUACCGAACGCAUCAACACGAGAUCGUGGAGGAACCGGGUUCGAAGCCGACCUUCCGAGCACCAUAUCGGCUCAGCCCUACGGAGCUGACUGACAUGAAAAAACAGAUCGAGUAUCUUCUAGCCAAAGGACUCAUCCGCCCAUCUACUUCACCGUACGGUGCCCCAGUACUCUUCACACCGAAACCGGACGGAAGCCUGCGCAUGUGCAUCGACUACCGAGCUCUUAACAAGCAGACCAUCAAGAAUAAAUAUCCGAUACCGCGAAUCGAUGACCUGCUUGACCAGCUUCGGGGAGCUACGGUAUUUUCCAAACUGGAUCUGCGGUCCGGAUACUGGCAGAUACGGAUGGCGGACAACUCUAUCCACAAAACUGCUUUCCGAACUCGGUACGGAUCGUACGAGUAUUUGGUCAUGCCGUUCGGACUCACUGACGCACCGGCAACGUUCCAAGCCGAAAUGAACCACAUUCUACGACCACUUCUGGACGAAUGCGUGGUGGUGUACCUGGACGACAUACUCAUCUACUCACGCGACAUGAAGCAGCACGUCGAACACCUGCGACGCGUCUUCGAAAUUCUUCGACGGGAACGAUUCUACGUCAAACUGUCCAAGAGCGAAUUCGCCCUGGAGAAGGUCCAAUUUCUAGGACACAUGGUGAGCGCUCAAGGAGUUCACGUCGACCCCAAGAAAAUCGAAGCCGUACGUACGUGGAAGACACCCGAGAACGUGAAGGAGUUGCAGCAGUUCCUAGGCUUCGCUAAUUACUACAACAGGUUCGUGCCACAGUAUGCAAAACUCGCGGCACCACUCACGAAUCUGCUGAAGAAGAACACGCCCUACAAAUGGGAACCAAAGCACCAGGAAGCCGUGGAGCAGCUGAAACAAGCACUCACAUCCGCACCGGUGCUCAUCCUGCCAGAUCCCGAACGUGACUACGUCAUCGAAGCAGACGCCAGUGAUCAGGCUGUCGGAGCAGUCUUGAUGCAAGACCAAGGGAAUGGACUGCAACCCAUUGCCUACCUCAGCAAGAAACUGCACGGGGCAGAACUCAACUACCCGAUACACGACAAAGAGGCUCUUGCUAUCAUCAUCGCCUUCAAAGCGUGGAGAUGCUAUCUCGAAGGACGAAGAACAACCGUCUACACCGACCACUGCAGCCUGAAAUAUUUGAAGACACAACCCAACCUUUCCAGGCGGCAGGUCCGGUGGAUCGACUUCCUCGAGACACACUUCCACUACGACAUCGUGUACAAGCCCGGCCACAAGAACAAAGCAGACGCGCUCAGCCGGCCUGCACACGUUGCCGCGAUUCAGGUCGAAGGGAUGAAUCCACUACUCAAGGGACUCUUCACCCACGGGUACGCCAUCGACCCCGAAAUUCCCUUGGCAGAAAAGCGACAUCUGCUACAGUGGGACAGUGACAUCGCGUAUCGGAAGGGAUCCACAAAAAUCUGGGUACCCAAUUACCCUCCUUUGCGCCAGUUACUACUCGAAGAAUACCACGACGUCCUCUACGCCGGACACUUCGGUAGCAACAAGACGCUGACCGGUAUCGCCAAACACUACUACUGGCCCCAUAUGGCAGACGACGUCCAGAAAUUCGUCACCUCGUGUGAUACAUGUCAGCGGAUGAAGAGCAGCAAGCAGAAAAAGGCGGGACUACUGCAGCCUCUUCCUGUCCCAGAACAACCAUGGCAAGUGGUUAGCCUGGACUUCAUCACCGGGUUACCACCUACCUCCAGCGGUCAUGACGCCAUCCUUGUCGUCAUUGACAAGUUCUCCAAAAUGGGACACUUCAUCCCGACACACACGACGGCACGCACCGAGGAGACAGCACAGCUCUUCGUUCGUCACAUCAUCUCACAGCAUGGCAUCCCAACUACACUCAUCUCCGACCGAGACCCCAAGUUCACUAGCAAGUUCUGGAAGGAACUUAUGUCUCUGCUCGGCACCAAACUCGCCAUGUCAUCCGCAUACCAUCCGCAGACAGACGGACAGACCGAGCGCCUCAACCAAAUUGUUGAGCAACUCCUCCGAGCAGCCUGCAAGGACGACAUCUCCAAAUGGGACUUGCACCUGCCCGUUCUCGAGUUUGCUUACAACAACGCUACACACGCCGCUACGGGACAGACGCCGUUCUUCCUCUGCUACGGACGCCACCCACUCACACCACAGAAACCGACAACACCAGCAACAGUCCAACCUGCACACGACUUCAUCACAACCAUGCAUCAGCUUUGGGAUCGGACCCAUAAGCGCCUCCUUGACAUUCAACAGCAACAGAAGCGCCAGGCCGAUCGCCAUCGCAACGACCACACCAUUUCCGUGGGAGACCAGGUUCUCCUUGACACCCGCAACCUGGACAUCAGCCAUCUCCCAUCUAAACUUCGACCUCGCUUCUGCGGGCCUUUUCUCGUUGACGCACAGGUCACUCCUGUUACCUUCCGCUUACGCCUACCAGCUACCUGGAAGAUUCACAACGCCUUCCAUGUCCAACUUCUGAAGCCCUAUCGAGAUCCUAAUACGAUCUUCGUCGGACGCCAACCGCCGCCGCCGCCACCCGUCCUCGUCCAAAAUGAACCCGAGUACGAGGUCGAGUCCGUGCUUGCACACCGCCGUCGUCGGAAUGGCACCGUGGAGCUUCUUAUUCGUUGGAAGGGCUAUGAUCCUUCUGAGGACAGCUGGGUCUCUGAGACCGACAUGGGUAACGCCCGUCGUCCUCUGCAUGACUACCUUGUCAAGCAGGGUGUUACUUCUACCACCCAGCUUUGAGGGGGGGAAGUGUGAGAGUAC